AUGGCGCUGGACGGGCUUGUGGUGGACGAGGAGGCGGCCUUCGCCCUGGGCGGGUUCCAGGAGUUCACGUUUCUCCCCAGGCACCAGCAGCUGAGCGAGCGGGUGCGCCGGCGGCUCUACUACGGCUGGGACCAGGAGAGCGCCCUGGACCACCUCUCCAGCCCGGUGGCAGAUAUUGCUGUUGAAUUGCUCCAGAAAGCUGCUCCCAGUCCCAUUCGCAGACUCCAGAAAAAAUAUGUGUAUCAUGUCUCCCGGGAGGCUUGCAUCUCUCCCUGCUCCAUGAUGUUGGCCCUGGUUUAUAUUGAAAGGCUUCGGCACCGUAAUCCUGAAUACCUACAGCAGAUCUCAUCUUCUGACCUCUUCUUGAUCUCCAUGAUGGUUGCCAGCAAGUACCUGUAUGACGAAGGGGAAGAGGAAGAGGUCUUCAAUGAUGAGUGGAGUGCUGCGGGCAAGGUGGAAGUACGGACUAUGAACACACUGGAGAUGAAUUUCCUUCGUGCCAUUGACUGGAGCCUUUAUACUGAUCCUAAGGAACUUCUUGAAGUGCUCAGCUGGCUGGAGGGAUGUGUGGCUGAAAAGCAGGGCGUCCAGCGUGGAUGGUUCACCUACACCGACCUGUGUGUCUUGAUGGAGCAAACACUGUGGCAGCAGGCGUUGGGUCAGUUGUACCAGCACAUAGCCAAGCUGGCUUGCAUUCUUGGCAUGGUGUAUCUGACAGGCAUAGCAGCUGUCCUUGCCUCUGCUGUUGUGGUGCACCACACUGUACAUGCGAAGAGGGCUGACCCUUGUGAACUGGCAAGCAGCAGACCUGCCCUGGCACCUUACCUGCCUCUCUUGUCUUCAGUUCAGCAUCUGGAUAGCAACUUGACACGACCUAACUGCUCUCCAUACCCAGGAACAGAGAAUGUGACUUUGCAUGGUGAACAGCAGCAUGAAGGGACCAAUGGCGUCAUGGCUACAGCACUUUACAUGUGGGGCAGUGUCCUCACUGCCCUGUCUUCUGCACCAUCGGCUUCCAUCCGUCACUCGUUUUGUCCGCACUGCAGUCAGGCCGGCCUCACUUGUGGGGCAGCCAAUCACACAGCACCUAAAGACCCUUCUACCCAACCAGCUCCUUCUGGACUUGCUGCCCACUGCACCAGUUGCAUGGGCUGGGGCUGGCACCUUCCUGUGUCCCACGGUUGCAGAGACUGGCCUGAACCGCUGGCACUGCAGCAGUGCCCUUCACAGGCUGCCUUGGAGCUUGGAAGGAUCAGGGCCUUCAUGUUCCCUAGUUAG